AUGGCGGACGCUUCGCAACAAAAAUCGUCAAAUUCUAUCGCUGUUUCUAGCUCAGUUGCCGCGGCAAAUCCUGUAAUAUCGACGCAAUCUGCUCAACCAACAACAGCUUCAGGGAAUGCGCAGGCCGCUUUGCAACAAGAUACUAAAGUUAGGACCGCAGGGACUUCGUUAGCAGAGUUCUUGUCUCAACUAGAUGAUUAUACUCCGACGAUUCCAGAUGCUGUUACGGCGUAUUAUCUUAACCGAGCUGGAUUUGAUGCAACAGAUAUCCGAGUUGUUAGGUUGAUUUCACUUUCUGCGCAAAAGUUUAUCUCUGACGUCGCUAAUGAUGCUUUGCAGCAUUGCAAGAUGAGAGGUUCGGGACAAAGCUCUAGAAAAUCUGGAAAGGACAAGAGGUAUACUUUAACAAUGGAAGAUCUUAGUCCAGCUCUCAGUGAAUAUGGAAUAAAUGUCAAGAAACCACCCUACUUUGUAUAGCAGCUAAGAUUAAAUAUACUAGAAUCCUUGUUAAUAUCGAGAGGCAUAUUUAUUUUCUUUCAAUGAAUGUUGUGAAUCUAUAAACCUAAAAUAGAUCCAGUAUCGUGUAAUAAAUUUUUAUGAAA